CGUACACAGCCCACUUUGCCGAACAGCUUCACGCAAAGUCUCCUCAUUUGCCUGCACGUGGUUGAAGGUUUGACGCACUGGAUGUGAAACACCCAUGAUCCCCAGCCAGCACACCCUCUCACUAAGGCGAUGCAAUCUUCUUGUUUUGGGGCCUGUCGGUGGUGGUGGAUUUCCGUUUCGUGCGGCAGCUGUUCCUUACUUGAUGGCCGGGUCGAUCGCCGUAAGCAUUGGGGCUGUGUUGUGUGAAUUUCGUCAUGUCUUCGCCACGAUGAAGAUGGGAAAUGCCUCCGAAACGUAUCUGUUCGUGUCCAGAAUAUCAAAAGACAAUGACUUCCUCAUGGGAACACUGUAUACCAUUUUUGGUGUGUUGUCCAUGCUGGGAAACGGGAUCCUGCUGUUUGUGGCCUACAGAAAAAAGUCCUCCUUGAAGCCAGCAGAGUUCUUUGUAGUCAACUUGGCCAUCAGCGACCUGCUGAUGACCUUAUCCCUCUUCCCCCUUGCUGUGCCGUCAUCCUACACUCAUAAGUGGCUGUUUAAUAGGACAACCUGCACUGUUUACGCAUUCUGUGGCGUUUUGUUUGGCCUGUGCAGUCUGACUAACCUCACAGUGCUCUCCUCCGUCUGCUGGCUCAAAGUCUGCUGCCCAAACUAUGGCAACAAGUUCUCCUACUGUCACUCUUGCCUGCUGGUCGCAGGGAUCUGGUGCUAUGCCGCAGUCUUUGCCGUGGGUCCCCUGUCGGGCUGGGGAGAGUACGGGCCCGAGCCGUACGGUACAGCAUGCUGCAUCAACUGGCACGCCCCCAGCCAGAGCGCCUCAGCCAUGAGCUACAUCGUCUGCCUCUUCUUCUUCUGCUACAUCGUGCCCUGCAUGGUCAUCUUUCUGUCCUACACGUUCAUCUUGUUGACCGUGAAAGGAUCCCGACAGGCUGUGCAACAGCACAUGUCCCCUCAGAACAAGAUCACUAAUGCACACGCACUUAUUAUUAAGCUGUCCGUGGCAGUUUGCAUCGGCUUCCUGACAGCAUGGAGUCCAUAUGCAAUAGUGUCCAUGUGGGCAGCAUUUGGUAAUGCCUCAACUGUGCCACCCAUGGCCUUUGCCCUGGCUGCUAUCUUCGCCAAAUCCUCGACCCUUUAUAAUCCUAUAGUCUAUCUGGUUUUCAAGCCCAACUUCCGCAAGUCCCUUUGUCGAGAUGUGGCCCUGUGCAGAAGGUCACUCUGCGGGUGUCUGUGUCAGUGCGACUCCACACAGAAGGGGACAUGCAGUCAAGCACAUCGCAAAGAAGAGUGCAAUUCUACACGGUUGUCCAACGGGCUUCCAAAGAACCAAGGCACAUGCAGACACUGUCCUUGUGCCGAGACCUCUGCUACAAAGGAAAACUACAGCUACAGCCCUCGGCAUACUGCCAGGAUACUGAAAGGGUCGCAACAGAGUGAAGUGGCUGUCAGUCAGCUCUCCAACGAGCAGCAGAGUGACUUCCUCUAGAGUGAAUUUACAGCCUGCGAGAAUGAAAGCCAAUGGAUGACAGACAUUUUCCUGUAGAGCUGCAAAUAUGGCAAUGAGUGAAGAGUCAUUUUAUUGAUGGGAAGAACAUGUCAUAGGGGCGGCAUGGCGUAGUGGGUAGAGCGGCCGAGCCAGAAACCUGAGGGUUGCAGGUUCGCUCCCCGCCUCUUACCAUCCAAAUCGCUGCCGUUGUGUCCUUGGGCAGGACACUUCACCCUUUCCCCGAGUGCCGCUCACACUAGUGAAUGAAUGAUGAAUGAUGGGUGCUGGUCGGAGGGGCCGUAGGCGCAAACUGGCAGCCACGCUUCCGUCAGUCUACCCCAGGGCAGCUGUGGCUAUGAAAGUAGCUUACCACCACCAGGUGUGAAUGAAUGAUGGGUUCUCACUUGUCUGUGAAGCGCUUUGAGUGUCUAGAAAAGCGCUAUAUAAAUCUAAUCCAUUAUUAUUAUUAUAAGCAUAUCGGUGAAUAUCUUACGCCUCAAAUAUGUGAUACUGCCAACAACAUAUGAGAACAAUAUCAUACAACAAUCAACAUGCAACCAGAUCAAUGGUAAAUCAGGUAAACAUGCAAGUCUGAUUGGAUAAACUCUAAGGGGGAUUUUGUAUGAACUAUCUUUAAUGUAUUUAUUAUGAAUACUGUGUUGGUUUUAUAUAUUUAUUGAUGCAUGCCUCAAAGUGGAGGACCACGUUGUUUUCAUUAUUUAAAUAGAAAAUAUUAAUAUUUGCUGCAUUGGUUUCAAUAGGUUUCACCCCCGAGUAAUUUGAGGGAAAGAAAGAAGCACCAUGGGUGUUAAUGAUAUUGUGAAUAAUCUAUCUCUAUGACACGUGAGUUCUGUUCUCUGUGUACUCAAUAGGAAGACCUCAGGACAAAAAAAUAUUUACAAUAAGAUUCAUGUCUCAAAAAUGUAAAUCUUUAUAUAAGCUACAUGUCUUGAAUUGUACAAAAGAUGCAUUGCACUGUGACUACACGUAGUUAAAUAGUAAUGGAUGAUUAAGUGUUUGGGUUUUCUUGGAAGAAUAACAAAGGCACAUAGAGUAUGAAAAUCUUAGUAAUAUUUCUUCCAGAAACCAAUCACUUUAUAAAUGGAAUUUUGAAGGUAUGUUAAAUGUUGAUUUAAUGUGUCCAUAAAACAAAGAGCUGGCUAUUUUCUGAGAACUUUAAUGACAAGUGAGCAGGUGCUGAUACAUCUACAAUCUCAAUGUUCAUUCUUUAAGUGUUUUUUUUGUAUAGUCUGAAUGGAACUGAAUGAAGUGUAGACAUUUACAGAACUUUCACAACAUAUAUUGAACUAAAAAAUAGUAAAAACCAUGUUUUUUGUAGAAGUAACUUUCUUUGAAGGUCCUGGAUCUGUUGAAAAUUAAUUACUUCAUAGGAAUGUGUGUGUGUGUGCGUGUGUGUGAGAGAGAGAGGGAUAAACAGAUA